AUUCUGAUUGAAGUAGUUUAAUAUUGAAAUAUAUUAUUAGGGUAAAAAUUUCUAAUUAAAUUAAAAAAAAACAAAUAAAUUAAAUUAAUUUAUAAAUUAAGUGAAGUAAUAUAAUAAAAAAAUGUCUGGAAAAGAUCGUCUCCCUAUUUUUCCAUCUCGAGGAGCACAAAUGUUAAUGAAGGCACGUUUAAAGGGUGCACAAAAAGGACAUAGUUUAUUAAAAAAGAAAGCAGAUGCAUUACAAUUACGUUUCAGAAUUAUUUUAGGGAAAAUUAUUGAGACCAAAACUUUAAUGGGUGAUGUAAUGAAAGAAGCAGCAUUUUCAUUAGCUGAAGCGAAAUUUACCACUGGUGAUUUUAAUCAAGUGGUCUUACAAAAUGUUACAAAGGCACAAAUAAAAAUCCGUACCAAGAAAGAUAACGUGGCCGGUGUAACAUUACCAGUAUUUGAAGCAUACCAAGAUGGUACCGAUACAUAUGAGCUGGCUGGUUUAGCUCGUGGUGGACAACAAUUAGCUAAAUUAAAGAAGAACUUUCAAGCUGCUGUGAAAUUAUUAGUUGAAUUAGCGUCCUUACAAACAUCUUUCGUUACCUUGGAUGAUGUUAUUAAGCUAACGAAUCGACGUGUCAAUGCUAUUGAACAUGUAAUUAUUCCACGAAUUGAACGCACAUUAGCGUACAUCAUAUCCGAAUUGGAUGAAAUGGAACGUGAAGAUUUCUAUCGUUUAAAGAAAAUCCAAGAUAAAAAGAAGGAGGCAAGAGCUUUAAAAGCUUUGACAGCUUUAAAAGCUGGAGGUGAUCGUGAUGAGGAGGCUGCAAACAUGUUAGAUGAUACUGAUGACGAUUUAUUAUUUUAAAUGAAAACAAAUCGAUUUUCAUUUUCUAUUCCUCCAUAUUCAAAUUUCAUCGUUUUUGAUAAUUUUUAAAUUAAUCAACAACAUUUUUAUUUUUGGAAUUUUUGUUAUCAUAGAAAUAUAUUUUAAAGCACAUUAUUUUAAAAUCAUGGAUGGUAAUCGAUCUGGAAAAGUUAGGGAAAAUGGAUAGAAAAACAAAAUAAAACAUUUGAGUUUUCUAGAAUUGAAUUAUCAAAACCUGAUUUUUCAUCGAUAUUUCGAAAUUUAUAUGAAUUCUGAAUAGCGUCCGUAGGUAGUUUCAAAAAUUAACGUUCCCCCGGUAACAAAAAAAGUUUCUCAAUAAAGACCAUUUUUCUAGUUCUUUGUGAGCUUUAUCUUCCGUAUCUUGUAUGUGCCCUUUUCAUAUUCUUGGAACUAUUGAGAGUUCUAAGGCUUCUUGUUCCUUCUUGUAGAGUUUUUCUUUGUCAAACGUUCAUCGAAUCACAGUUGUAUGUUGACACCUGAAAAAAGAUGGAACUUUAAAACGACACUUUUUGUUGAAAGACCCAUUAGAUAUACUGUCACUCUGAAUAUUUUCCGACCAAAUUAUGAAGAAGUAAUAUCUUAGGCAGAGUCAAUAUCAACGGAUUGUAAUUUUUUGCAUACUUACACAAUUAAUUUAAUUUUUGUUUAAAAACUUCCAAGCGUGCGCCCUGACCUUUAUAACCUCACCCAUGUAGGCACAUGUCUACUUUGCCUUAUAGAUAAUCCUCCUUUGCCUGCUUUUUUUUAAUCAGAUUCAGAUAUUUUUCGAAUAAAAGAAUUAUGUAUUACACUUUAAAAAAAAUUUCAAGAAAUUUUUGUUUUAAUAUUUCACAAGCACAAUUCGAUCGCCAUCCUAAAAAUUUGUAUAAACAAAAAAAUUGCUGAUAUUAUGGAAUAUAAAUUUUGAUUGUUGUCUUGUGUAAUGAUGGAUCAGUAUUGUCGUAAAUAAACUCGUUAUGUAAAAACAAAUA